AUGCGACCACUCCUCCAAUUCUCCCUCAAAUCUACGCUCCCUAAACUCGUCACUCCACGAUUUUACUCCACUGCCAAAUCAGGUCGACCACAAUUCAUUUCCUCCUUCCAAAUCCCGACCCCGCAUUCUAACGGUACCAUCCGUGUUCUAUCAUUAUGUCGCCCCGAAGCUCGUAAUGCUAUUAGCAUUCAAUUACUACAAGAAUUGCGCGCGCAUGUAGAUAACAUUGCGGCGGAAUAUGACGCAGAGGGAAAUGAGAUAAGGAAGGUUAGGCCGCAGGGAGAAGAUGGACCAACGAGAGCUUUGAUCAUUACCAGUGAGGUUGACGGGGUAUUUUGUGCGGGAGCAGAUCUGAAAGAGAGGGCUACUUUCACCCCGGAGAUGACUCAAACAUUCCUCCAUAAUCUCCGCUCCACAUUUACAAAACUUUCUGCACUUCCGAUUCCAACCAUCUCCGCAAUUUCCUCGGUUGCUCUUGGUGGUGGUCUCGAAUUGGCUCUUUGUACACACAUGCGUGGUCUUGCUUCUACGGCCGUCGUUGGUUUGCCAGAAACGAGACUUGGUAUAAUACCCGGCGCGGGCGGAACACACCGACUUCCAGCUUUGAUAGGGAUCGGAAGAGCGCGGGAUUUGAUAUUGACAGGGAGGAGAGUGAGUGGUCCGGAAGCGUAUUUUCUAGGAAUUGCGGAUCGCUUGGUUGAGGUUAAGGAGAAUGAAGGGGAGGGGGAGGGAGAUGGACAAGAGAAGGGAGAUAUGAUGAAACGGGCUAAAGAAGCCGUUUUGAGAGAGGCGGUUCACUUGGCUGGGACGAUUUGUGAGGGAGGUCCCGUGGCAGUAAGGAGUGCAUUGAAAGCUGUUGGCUGGGCGAGGGAAGAUGUUGAAAAUGAUAUGUAUGGAAGGGUUGUAGGGACGGAAGAUAGAGAUGAGGCGUUGGCUGCUUUUAGAGAGAAGAGGAAGCCCAUUUUUAAGGGGAGGUGA